AUGAAUACCAUCAAUGAGAGUAGUGGAAUUUGGAGACGAGCUGCCUUACCAAUCAGCGCAAAAUUAUUAGAUGCGAAGGAAUCUCUCUCUAGUCGUUUAGAAUCCAGAGGUUUGGCGGAGGAAGAGAAGGUUUUCCGUGUUGUUCUGCGUGAAUUACGGGAACGAGCCGAAAGUGUGGACGUUCGGGACGACGUGGAAAAACUCGAGAAGUUGCUCAACGACCCCUUAUUCAAGCAGUACAGUAGAAAGUCGUCGGGAGGCGCUCCAAGAGUUGUGAAACGAGAAGGUGCUAUCGGUGAAUCCGCACUUGUGAAAUUCUUACGUGACAACGUCGAGGAAGAACUUCUACGAAAUCUCAAGGACAAUCAGGUUAUUAAUUUUAUUUGUUUCAACACUUUAUUUUCAUAG